CGCCUGAACGAAUUGGUCGUGUUUUAUCAGUUGGUGUUGAUUGGUGGCGGUGGUGACAUUUUACCAUCAUAAAAUCAGGAUUUAAACCGAUUGGAAGUAGCAAGUGCAAGGAGCCGAGCUAAAACGUUUAGUGCUUCAGAAACCGUAUAGCCAAGGAUUUACCGUAGUUAAGUGAAUGGAUACAGAAACGGCAACAUGAAUGGAAUAAACUCGUUCACAUGUGUGCUGCUGAUAAUCAUUUGCGCGCUUUUUCGAGUCUACACUUCCGUUCACAUCACCAACCUAGAUGUUCCGCGAACUUACAUCCUUGAGCGGGAGGAGUUUCUCAAUGCUUUCUCUGCAGGACAUCGGCAUCCGUUGGUUCAUAUUGAAUCCGAAUCGGAUGAUGAUGAUAGCAGUAGCAGUAGCAGCAGUACAGCGACACCCACCAUUGCCUAUACAAACUACACUGCCACGAGUAACAUCAGUAGUAAUAGUAAUGAAGGAAAAAGUUUUCACGAGAUCAAACCACUGAUAAUGGACUGCCAGUACGAGAUCAAGGCUAACGAGUGCGGUUUUGUGCUGAAAUGGUACUUUAAUAGGAAGUUAAUUUACCAAUGGAUACCGGCGCGGAAUCCCGUCGGAAUGAACCAAUUCAAAAGUGAAUUGAGGACCAAUUACUCGAUGUCGGACCUGGCUAACUACAAGUACCGAGCUCUGGUGAUACAGAACCCGAAGCUGAACCAUAGUGGAGAGUACAUGUGCUCGGUGCAAACGUAUGAAUCGUUCGACCGGAAGGCAGCCCGAUUCCAAAUCGUUGUGCCGGAGAAGAGGCUUCUACUUCACUACGAAAACGAUGUUGAAAAAGAGAACAUGCUGUUGAUAAAGUGCAGUGUUUUUAUGAUCUAUCCUGAACCGAAUCUGGUACUAGUGGUGAGCGGUGAUUUGCUCCUGGUUAGCUCACGGACUGUGGUCGUCUCGGAUCGACAUCGCAUGUACAACAAAACCAUUUACGGUUUGAUCGACAAACAUUUGCUCAUAUCGCCCACCUCAAUAGGGUGUGUCCUCACGGUUUCCGGAUCCAGCUAUGUACGAAAGCGUGAAACAAUUUAUUACGAUACCACUCAGCUGACGAGAUGGAGUCGCCUUCGAAUGGAUGAGCAAGGACGAUUCGAGAUUAGCGACUGCUCCGGUCGUUCGGAUGUGUCGUUUGCGAUGAUGGUCAUAGCAUUAUGUUUGAUCUACAAUUGGUGUUCUAGAAAAAAUAUCAAAAUUUGAAAUUAAAUUUUCUUUAUGGGUAGACAAA